AUGCCUUCAAAACAAGCCUCUCGUACGCGUACUCGCACACAUAGCCGCGAACAGCACCAGCAACCACGCGCCUGGGGGACGCGUUUCGACUCUCUCAACACGUCUCCACCUCCAGCACAGAUUCCCUCUCCGGUACCUUCUGCUGUCACCUCCCCAACAUCGGGCAAUUCUCCCGCACAGCAUGCUCAUACGCUCAGUCUUAAGCUCUUUGAUGCAAAUGAGAAGCCCACUGAAAAGCGUGACUGGGCAGAUGAUGACGUGCCGUCGACGUUGUUCUCUCCCACUCGCGGCCCUCAUGUCCUAGAUAUUGCAGGUGGCUCCACCCCUGGACACAAAAUCACCGCAAAACAACCCCACGAUGCGAGUGUUUUCGUUGGCAGUCUUCCGCCUGAUAAGGAUGAAGCGGAAGUAGCGCAGCUCCUUGCGCAGCAUCUCAGGAAGUACGCAAAUGUUAAGAACAUCAAAAUUGUGCACGAUUUAAAGGGUGGCCUGUGCGCUUUCGUCCAAUGCGAGAAUCCGUUCCAAGCUGCGCAGCUCGUCACACGGGCUCAAGAAAAUCCUCAGCCAUUUAUGGGGCGCUACCUCCGCUGCGAGAGUGCACGAGCGCGUCGGACACUGUGGAUCUCUUACCGCACGCCAGUGCAGUUUAUCCCAUGUGCGCCCCAGCACGCGCAAGAAGGAUCCGAAGCCACGGUCGACGAUAGCCAAGUAAAAGGCCGGUGGGUUGAAUGCGGCCUUCCUGACGCUCUGCGCAUUUGGAAGCCUCGCGACGUUAGAUUCCCCAUUGUUACAUUUCAAAAUGAUGCGAAGAACAUUGGAGAUACCUCGCGCUUCGAUCGGGACGACUCUACCUCUGGCAUAGCUCCUGCCUUUCGACAGAAAGGUAUCCUUUUCACAAACCUGAAGUUUGACGCAAUGACGAUAGAGAAGAUGGCGGAAGCAUUUGGACCGUUGGAAUCUUUCGAGCAGUAUUUGAUCGGGCAUGACCUAGGGGACAAGUCAAAUGCUUACCCUAGUGAACACAGUGCCGGACGAUUACCGGGAAUGGCUACCGGCAUUUGGGAGGUCAAGUGGGGCCAUAGGGACGAUUGCAUUACUGCCUUGAAUACCCUUCGACGAAUACCCCACCUGACAGUCACUUGGGCGAAAGACUCCGUUUCACCACAGGCCCCCCGUGUAGGUCUCCUCCACACCCCGACAUCGCCUCGUCAUCUGGCGUCGCAUUCGCCACGCGAAGCUUUGUCUCCGAUUGCACGCGGACGGCCUUUUCUCUUGCUCGACUGUACAGAGUCGCUCUCUUCAGCAUCGCCAACUGUUCGAUCGCCGAGUGUGUUCUUCCAAAGCAAAGACACCGUUCGCGGUUCUCAAUCGCUCCCGCGACGCACGAAUAACUCUGGGCGUCGCACAACUGAAGGUAAUGAUACGGAUGACAGCUGGACCGUUGUUCACCCGCAGAAUGCUGCAAAUGGUGCAGUUUCAGUUUUGACUAGGAAUUCCUCCGGAGCACAAAUUGGAGCCGAAGAGAAAGAAAAUCGUCCAGCUUGGGGUGAAGGUGAUUUUCCACCGUUAAAAAUGCAGUCGACUACACCACUACAAACAGAGCCAGGAGGACUUGACGAAGAAAGGCACGAAGCGGCGGUAGAUCAAGAUCCUGAAUCAGCGUCGGAUGAUAUUAAUCAAAGUGAUACGUCUGCCGGUGUUGAUACACCGAGUUUGUCGCAUCCGCCAUUAGUACAUAGGCGCUCUCUGUCAAAUCCCGUGGCCCGACUUCAGAUUGAGAUUCCACAUACUGCGACAAAUGCACAGAUGUUCGAGGAUCCGCCGACUCCCGAGCUUGCCAGCACUUCGUUUUCGCAAACGCCGACGUCUGCGCACCCGGAUCCAGGAUCACCAGUAUAUUCCGUUAUGUCACAACACGUUGAACCAAAUUGUGUUGUAAGAAAGCUGGACCAACAAAUACGGGAUCAUGAUCAAGAGACUGGCAGGGCUCUAUCCGACUCCAGUCGCAGCGCCAGCUCUAGCGUAAACCUAGGAAGGCACGAACACCAACGACAGCCGACAAUAGAUCCCAAAACAAUAUUCGUCGGCGGACUGGAACCAUUUGGAUCACGACCAUGGAAUGAGGCAAGACUGAGGGAAAUAUUCGAGAAAUAUGGAGAAGUUGAAGAGGUUCGCAUUGUUAAUCCAAUAUCAAAGAAAGCCGGGUUUGCGUUCGUCACCUUCGCAAACGAGCAAAGUACUUUCACGGCAAUUCGUGAACAGCACAACCGUUCAUAUGAUGGCCGACAAAUCCGCGUACAAAUACGGGACAUGUUUCCCCUUCGAGGAGGCUUCAAAUUCCGUGGUCGUGGUCUCGGUCGGCGUGCAGUUCCACAAAGCUCACGAUUUAGUGCCUCAGGUCAUCAAAUGGAUGCCGGUCGGUCUGGCGGACAACAUGUAUUUCCCUUACAUAGGGCGGUGCAACCAUUUGGACACCAUUUUAUGCCAGUCGUCGAUGCUCCACAGUUUCAGAUCAAUCCACACGGCCCGCAUCAGCUCCCUCCCUCAAGAUCUACGGAGACCGAUUCUGCGACACUGCGCUCUUCGGGUAGCUUUGAUGCAAAAUUGGACAUGGAGGCCCUAGCGGAGACCGACUCAAGGACAGCAAUUUCCAUUACCCCUCCUUCGAGUUCUCUGGGUUCGUCGGCACAUGCUGCAUCUGUGGCAGCACCUGUAACAUCACAGGGCAUGCCAGCACCCCAAACGGGAUACUAUCAGCAACGACCAUGGCCGUCAUCUUACGGUACUCACAUGUAUUAUCCGAUGCCGUACGGAGCUUAUGGCGGAACGAUGCCAUCAUUUCCUAUGCCGUUUGCGCCAGCUGGUCACGGAGUAGAUCAGAGCUGUAUGACUGGCGCUACUCCGGUACACUGGAGUCCUAUGUAUGGGGCUGCCGUCCCUUUUACGCCAUUUCCGUAUACGAUCGUUCCUCCUAGUACCGGUGAGGCGCCAAAUUCUUCAACCGCGACUUCCCAGCUGCCGACAUCAGCCAGAGGCCAACCUCCGCUUCAUGCAACAGGGUUCAUUCAAGGAGAGCAUGGGACACUCAUUCCUGUGUAUCAGCCCGAUGCUUUAUGUGAUUACAUGAAUGGCUCCUCCCCGACGCGGGGUGCAGGAGGUGCUCGUGAUUCCUCGGUCGUCUCCGGUGGUUUUCCGAGCACACAGCAACAAAAUCUCGUCGCUGCACAAAUGUGGCAUAGUCUCCCGCAUAUUCCCCAAUUCAUUGCAUACCCCAUACCACCUGCAUCCGCUGUAGGUGUAUCGUCGUCAACUACUUCGCCUACAGCAGUUCAACAACCGACAGGCCAGCAGCAGAUGCAGGGCCAGGUCCCUCAGGCCCCCAAUUCCACAGCAGCUUCGUAUACUGCCCCCACCACAAUUUCUCCGAAUCACUCUAGACCGCAACGCUCGGCGCCAUUUAUAGCCCAUCACCCCACAACUGUGGCACAGCCUUAUUUUACAGGUUCUCACCCGAGCGGCUCUAUAGCCCCUCCUGUUGCCAUUCCUCGAGCUGGCGAGCCAAGCGUUAACUAUGCUACUCCGGAACACUCUAAUGGUUUCGCUAACAGAGAAACACCAAGACGCGAUCUAGGGAAUCCCCAAAACCGGUUUGGACAGGGUCAAAGACAUGGACACGGACCAAACUUUGGCGGUGGGCAUUCCCCCUCCACUGUCCGUCCGGCGAAUAGGACCAUGAAUACGCCUCGUGCGGACCACCAUCAGAAUAACAACUCAUACCAGCAGCGUCGGCUGCACGGACAUCCGCCACCUGCACCUCAUUUUCAGCUAGGACUUAAUAAGAAUACCUCGGACGGCGGACAUUCGCAGCAACAGCAAUGGAUGACUGAUUACCAGCAAUGAACGUCUUGGACAGCAUAAGUAAGCGACUUGGAUGAAAGUCAGCGAGUGGGUUUUUCUCCUCUUCUUCUACAGGUUUGGUCAUCUUCCCUUUUGUUACGCGUCUGCCUAUGUUACUGUUUUUACUUAUCUCUUCCACUCAUUAAUCUUUGUUCCUGGUUCACGUAUAUGUUUGUCGAAAAAAGCCUUUGCAUUUCAAUAAUUUCAUCUGUCUCCAGAUUCCCCUUCUUAUUCGUUACCGCAGUUUAUUGCAACUACAUUAUACAACUAGCAUUCCUGUCAUUAUUCGAUCGAUUUGCUCUAUUCAUUCAUUUCUUCUUGUUCUCGAAAGC